AUGGAAAAACACUUUAGGGAUCUUGAUAUACCUGACAAUCCAGUAGUGGUUAGAGAUGAAGAAGAAGCCAUCUUGAUCGCUUUGACAUCUUUUGGACAGAUCCCUCCCUCCUCAGGUCAGUCAUCUCUGAACGGAUCGGCUUCAAGUUUUCAAGACAACACUGGACGACCAUUUUCUGCAUCUUUUUCAACUCAAUCCGGUGCACUGUCUCCUGUUUUUUAUCAAAGUGGAUCUGUUCAGGGGCUCCACAACUUACAUGGUAGUUUCAAUGUCGCGGGCACACUUGGAUCCCGAAAUCCAACAACCGCUAAUGUACCUUCAAAUGGGCUUCAACAACAAAGCGGAAACCUUUCUGCUGGAAGAUUUACAUCAAACAAUAUGCCUGCUGCUCUUUCUCAGAUAGCUCAUGGCAAUUCACUCAGUCAUUCAGGGCUAAAUAGUAGAGGUAGCUUGAGCGUUGUUGGAACCCCUGGGUUCAGUAGUGGUGCAAAUGCAUUUAGUGGUUCGAUUCCCGGGGUCCUGCCUACCACUGUACCAAUCAGUAACCGUAAUUCUAUUCCGGGAGUUGGAGUCCCACCGGUUUCAGGAAAUCUGAGCUCCCGGAUCACCAGUUCAGCUGGAAACAUCGGCAGUGGUGGUAGCAAUGGAAGAAGCUUAAGUUCUGGUGGCGGUUUAUCAAUCCCGGGCCUUGCUUCUCGAUUAAACCUAAACACUAGUGGUUCCGGAAAUUUAGGUGUGCAGGGAUCAAAUAGAUUAAUGGGCGGUAUGCUUCAACAAGCUUCCCCGCAUGUUAUGUCGAUGUUUGGAAAUUCAUAUCAUUCAGGUGGACCGCUUUCUCAAAAUCAUGUUCAAAACUCCAUGGGAAUGUUAAACGAUUUGAAUAACAAUGACGGUUCUCCAUUUGAUAUAAACGACUUCCCUCAGUUAAGCAGCCGUCCUAGUUCCUCUGGAGGGGCCCAAGGGCAAUUUGGUUCGUUACGGAAACAAGGUCUUACGGUUAGCCCCAUUGUUCAGCAAAACCAAGAAUUCAGCAUCCAGAACGAAGAUUUUCCAGCCCUACCAGGAUUUAAAGUGGUGUUUUCUGGCUUUCAAGGAUCACAUUCAUCUUAUCACUCACAGGGCGCCGGAUCAUUAAACUCCCCAGGUGUUGGUUUGAGACCAUUAAACUCUCCAAAUACCGUCUCAAGUGUCGGUUCAUAUGACCAACUUAUCCAACAAUAUCAACAGCAACAAACUCAAUCUCAAUUCCGGUUGCAGCAAGUUUUUUCUUCUAGCCAAUCUUUUAAGGAUCUAGGAGUGAAGUCAAUGCAGGUCUCACAAACCGCCCCAGAUCGGUUUGGAUUACUUGGCAUAUUAAGCGUAAUUAGGAUGAGUGAUCCUGAUUUAACAUCUCUUGCACUCGGAAUCGGUUUGACAACACUUGGCCUCAACUUAAAUUCUUCUGAAAAUCUUCACAGGACGUUCGGUUCCCCAUGGUUGGAUGAACCUUCCAAAGAACCUCCGGAAUUCACCGUCCCACAGUGUUACUAUGCCAAACAACCACCUGUCCUUUUAUUUACUCGUUUGACUCAUUUGAUCUGUUGCAGGUAUAACAGAGGGUGGUUCUACCACCGAGAGCCAACGUUGUAGAAGGCGCUAGGCGCUAGUCGGGCGGUGAGGUACAGCCUAGGGAUUAAUCGGAAUGGGAUUUUUGUAUGUAUUUUUUCAAAAUUAUAUAUAUAUAUAUAUACCCAAUAAUAUAAAAAUAAUACUUCAAAAUUCACAUAAAUACUUCAAGUUUCAGAUAGUAUGGUUCGAUUUUGACCGAUUUUGACCGAUUUUGACCGCCUAGGACCGAUUUUGACCGACUAAUAUUGUCCGAUUAAUCCGAUUUUUGACCGCCUAGGACCGAUUUUGACCGAUUUUUGACCAUGACCGAUUAAUUGACCGCCUAGCUCAAAAUUAGGCAGUAAGUGACCGCCUAGGCGCCGAUUAAUCGGCCGCCUAGGCCGAUUUCUGCAACAAUGCCGAGAGCAUAGAUUGUGAUUUAUGCGGGCGGCAAAUAUGGAGCCUCUUGUUAAGACAAAGACAUACGAGAGAGGAUCUUAUGUUUGUUUUGACCCAAACACAUGGGAAACCGUACGCAAGGAAAAUUUUGUGGUCUACUACGAGAUGUCGGAAAAAAGACCGACGCUACCUCAACAUUGACGAUUUUACAUGUAAAGUUUGUUGAUAGUUCAUUGGUUAUGGUAGUCAGGUUUCAGGUAUAGGAUUAGGUUAAUGUUGUCUAAUCCUUUGUAAUAUUGGUUAUUUACUUGUUCAUUAUGAUUUAUGAUGUCAUUCUAGGGUC